AUGGCAACUGCAUCGGUCACUACUCCAAAGAAGAGCCACCAUGGCCUUUUCUCCUCCAAGACCGCGGGAGGUCGAAUGCCAUUGACCCCCUCUCCUCAUGCUCGCAAUUCUGCAGUCACACCUCAGAACAACGAUUCACCUUUCACUCCUCCUCGUCACUCUGAAGGCAGCCGUGGCCAGUCUCAAUCGGUCUACGGUGGCAACCUCUCCUCAAUCUUCGCCAAGUCUUCUAGCGCCAAGUCUUCUACUUCCAAGUCCUCAUCAACAGCCAAACCAUCAGCCACAUCAGCCAUCGCCAAGUCUUCUCGGCCAACUCACCGGGACUCUCCCAAGUCGAACAUUGCUCGUCGCAAGUGCAAGUCACCAAAGCAUCUCGAGCUAGGUGUUUCUGACUGGUCUCUGACCGGUACUGGUCCUGAACCAGCGUCAUCUCGAACCCCGGCCAAGGAGCGCACUCGCCGAGAGAUCCCCACUCGUCCUCGACCUGGCAAGACUACCGUCCGUAUCCCUCACAACACUGGUGACCGGUUUAUUCCCAACCGUACCGCUAGUGAAGGCCUUGUUACAACUGGUGCCGCUAAGCCCGAUGAGGGCCAGCGCCCCAAGACUAGUGGCAAUGAAGGUUCUGGAUCAAGCGUGCUGGCUUCUGCUGCUAGUGCUUUCGACAUGAAUGGUCGCGCAGCUGAAGAUGAUCUCACUGCUGCUCUUGAGAGCAUGGGCUUAGAAGACAACGAGUCCGCCACCUACACUCGCCCAGCGCCCGAUAAGGCUGCGUACGAGUCCACCUUGGCGAAUGCUUGUGAUAUCGGCCUCAACACUCGUAUUCUUGCUUUCAAGCCCCCUCCACCAGAGUCAUCGAAGCCAAUCGAUCUUCGUUCUCAAUACAACCGUCCUCUGCGUCCUGCUAAGGCUAACGCUGCCCAAUUCCGCCGCCGUGUUCAGACUGCACCUGAGCGUGUUUUGGAUGCUCCGGGUCUUUUGGACGACUACUAUCUCAACUUGCUCGACUGGAGCUCUGGCAACCAGGUCGCCAUUGGCUUGGAGCGCAAUGUGUACGUUUGGUCUGCCGAGUCAGGCACUGUGAACUGUCUUUUGGAGACAUCCCCCGACACAUAUGUCAGCAGUGUCAAGUGGAGUGGUGAUGGUGCCUAUGUUGGUGUUGGCUUGGGCACUGGCGAGAUUCAGAUCUGGGACGUUGAGGAGGGUAGCAAGUUGCGCAGCAUGCACGGCCAUGAUUCUCGUGUCGGAGUCAUGGGCUGGUCUAAGCACACAUUGUCGACCGGUGCUCGUAGUGGUCUUGUUUUCAACCACGAUGUUCGCAUUGCCCAGCAUAAGGUGGCUGAGCUUGUCUCUCACACUUCUGAGGUCUGCGGUCUCGAGUGGCGUUCCGACGGUGCCCAACUGGCUACUGGCGGCAAUGACAACCUUGUCAACAUCUGGGAUGCUCGCUCCCUGAGUGCCCCCAAGUUCACCAAGACCAACCACCGAGCUGCUGUUAAGGCUCUUAGCUGGUGCCCCUGGCAACUCAACCUGCUGGCCACUGGUGGUGGCUCUUAUGAUCGUCACAUCCACUUCUGGAACACAACUACUGGUGCUCGUACCAACAGCAUUGACACCGGUUCUCAAGUUACCAGUCUUCGCUGGAGCAACCACUACCGCGAGAUUGUCAGUUCCAGCGGCUUCCCUGACAACUCACUGAGCAUCUGGAGCUACCCGACCUUGGUUCGCAAUGUGGAAAUCCCUGCCCAUGAGACCCGUGUCUUGCACAGCAGCCUCAGCCCAGACGGUCAGAUGCUGGCUACCGCCGCCGCUGACGAGAGUUUGAAGUUCUGGAAGGUCUUUGAGCGCAAGGCCGGCAGCAGUGCCUCUGCAUCUCGUGAAGGCAGUGUUGGUAACAAGGCUCAGCUCACUAAAGCCAUGACCAUUCGGUGA